CGACGAGAAAGAACGACGAGAAAGGCGCAUUCAGGAUCGUUCUAACUUCUGUCAUUAUUUAAUUUUCUUUUAAAAAGUUAUUUAAAAUUCACUGAGACUAACCACAAGGGAAAUUAAAGUUUCUUCGCUGUUAUUGGUGAAGCAGCAUGGAUGAAGUGGGCUUGAACACAUAAAAAGCGAACGACAGAAGAAGCGGGAAUAAAACAACCUGUGAAGCAUUUCGUCGCACAGACGGCACUUGUGACAGACGCCAUGUCUACGUCUGCCAAGCAGGAGCGAACCAUUUGUGUUCUCCUGCCCAACAAAAAACAGUUGGAUGUCACUGUUGGGUUAAAGUCUACAGGACAGGAUGUUUUUAAUCAUAUUUUGGAACUUCUUGGAAUCAAAGAGCUACACUUCUUUGGCCUCACCGUGGUGAAAGACAAUGAGCACAUAUUUAUAGACCUGGAAGAGAAACUGACGAAGUACUUUGCCAAGGAUUGGAGGCAGGAUUCAGUAAGGGGAUCACUGAGGAGACCAUUUCCACUGCUACUUUUCCUCAAAGUGCAGUACUAUGUUGAAAAUGGGAGACUAUUUUGUGAGCGAAAGGCACGACAUCUGUACUACUGUGACUUGCGGGAGCGAGUGCUCCGCUCUGAAUGUCGUCAGCAGGAAGAAGUGUAUUUCCAGCUGGCAGGUUACGCUCUGCAGGCUGACCUCGGCGAUCACCCCCUACAGAAAGAGAGUGUGGAGGUCACUCCUUACUUUGAACCAAAAGAUUACUUUCCCCCCUGGAUUGAAGCUAAACGAGGGAUGAAUUAUCUCCUCUGCCACGGGCCCAAGGUUCACCAGGAGCUGUGGGGAAUGUCAACUCGUGACGCCAUCCUCUCUUUCAUCAGAGACGCGUGUCAGUUGGAGGAUGUACCUGUCACAUUUUACAGAUUGCAAAAGGACAAAAAGGAAGAGAAAGGAAUGGCGUUGCUUGGUCUGACUCUGAGAGGAAUGCAGGUUUAUCAGGAGGUAAACAACACGCGGCAGCUGCUAUACGACUUCCCCUGGUCACAUGUUGGACGUCUAACUUUCCUGGGUAAGAAAUUCGAGAUCCAGCCAGAUGGAUUGCCAUCAGCCAGGAAGUUGGUGUACUACACUGGUUCAUCGUUUCGCUCUCGCCACCUCCUUCUGCACCUGAGCAGCAGCCAUCAGCUUUAUCUGAGCCUCCAGCCUGCCCUGAGACACCUCCGUCAGUUGGAGGCAAGCAAAGACAAGAAGUGUUAUAGAGAGUCGUACAUCAGUGACGACCUGGAUUUGGAUCCACCAGGCAGUGAAAGCAGCCCUGGUUUGUCUCGCCACUCCACCGGCAGCUCCGGUAUUGAAGCAGAUGCCCGUCAACACAGCAUCUACACAGAGGUGACCUCCAUGGAGGGCGAGGGUCAACAGCAGGGAGAGAAGUGUUUGAGCCCAGCGACCAGCCACAGCAGCUCCUGCACUUCUGGAUCUCACACGUGCAGCAAGACUGGAACCGAAGAUCAGCAAUGGCGAGGAGAUGAGAUCAAGGCUCGUGUUGGAAGUCCAGAUGCUCUUUAUCCUGAUGUGAUGUUCCAGUUGGCUGAUCUUCUUGAGGGAGUUUCAGUGGAUUGUCCAGAAUUCUCCUCAGAACCUCAGUCACCAGAAGACAAUGGGUGUCCUGCAGACAGUGACACUAGGCUGUCGUCGAGCAAGAAAAUAUUAAAACAGAUACUGAAAUCCAAAGGUCAGGUUGGUAUGGAUCGGCACAGCCACAGUCUAGAUGAUGUUUGUCAUUCCACACCUCCUGCACCCCUUGGGAUGGCGCUGCCACUCGAUUCUUCUCACAGCUACACCUUUGGGCUCCCAGAUGUCACGCCAAACACUGAGACUUCUUUUGAUCACACUUAUUACCCCCUUUUGCACUGCGGGUCCAAACCUACCUUUUAUGGCCGCAGGUCUAACAACUGCCUCUCCUUGGACACAUUAAAUGAUGACCAGUUUCUGGAGUUCAUUCUCUGA